UUUCUCUACUCCAAGUUAAAAUUGUUCAUAGCUAACAAACCUAACAUCAAUAAAGGAAACUCUGCCAUGACCUCCUUACAGCUGACAGAUUGGAGGCCACUGAAAUACUGAGGAAAAAGGCAGUCAAGGGAAACCAAGAUGGAGGAAAAGAAGGAGGAAAAAUAAAUCACGUGGUGCAAGGCACUAAUACCCUUUAAUAAGUCUUCGGUUAUUUGCCUUGGGUCUUCCCUACAACUGAGAGGGCAACUCAACUUACUGCCAAGCAAGACCUGAGAGGCACAAGGAAAGGUGCAAUGAUGAAGAGUUUUUUCCUAGUUGUGAAUAUCGUUGCAUUAGCCGUGCCAUUUUUGCAGGGUGCAGAGGUGCAAAACCAGGAACAACCAACUUGCCGCAAGAAUGAUGAAAGCCUGUUCAAUCAGAAAAUUGCCAAGUAUAUCCCAUUUCAUUAUGUGCUGAAUAACUAUCCUCGCUACGAGCCUACUUACUACCCACACAUACCAGUUGUACCAAUUAAUCAUCAAUAUGUGCCUUAUCCAUUUUAUGCAAAACCAGUUGCAGUUAGGCCUCAUGCCCAAAUUCCUCAAUGGCAAGUACUGCCAAAUGCCUUCCCCCCCACUGUGGUACGUCCCCCACACCUACAUCCAUCACUUAAUACCAUUACCCCAAAGAAGAUUCAGGAUAAGACAGGCAUCCCUACCAUCAACACUAUUGCUUCUGUGGAGCCUACAUUUAUUCCUACCACUGAACCAACAGUGAACACUGUAGUCACUUCAGAUGCUUCCUCAGAAUUCACCAUCACAAGCACACCUGAGACUACCACAAUUCCAGUUACCUCACCUACGGUCUAAAAACUCUGAGGAAACAUCAAAGAAGACAACACAGGUCUUGAUGAAACCAAAUGAUUAUUCUAAACUCUCCUUUGGUCAUUCAUCUUCCUUCAUUCAAGAAAGAAUGUGAUUUUGAUGGAUUUGGCUCCUUUCUCUUCUCCCCUCACAUUUUACGUUCAUGUCACAUUUAA